CUCGGAUCCCCUCGCUGCGCCCCGGGCCAUGGCCCCGCCGUGCCUGAGACCCCUGCUGCGGUUCAAGUCCUGCGCCGUGCUCUUCGGCACCCCGCUGCUGCUACUCGCGCUGCCCCUGCUCAUCCCCACCCAGUGGCCAAAUGCAAUCACAUUAUGUAAAUUCUAACACUUAGCUAUUGCUGCAAGACCUCAGAUCACGUUAUAAAGACAUAGACAUUUUAAGAGGCCAAGUGUGCCUAUGUUAUCAUCCUCAUGGCAGUUUACUGGUGCACAGAAGUCAUCCCUUUGGCUGUCACAUCUCUCCUGCCUGCUAUAUUGUUUCCUAUGUUUGGAAUUUUGGAGUCUAAAAAGGUGUGUAUGCAGUACUUGAAGGACACCAACAUGCUGUUUGUUGGGGGGCUGAUUGUGGCAGUAGCCGUGGAACACUGGAAUUUGCACAGACGCAUUGCACUGAGGGUCCUGCUGAUCGUCGGAGUGAAACCCCCACUCCUGAUGCUGGGCUUUAUGGGCGUCACCGCCUUCUUGUCUAUGUGGAUAAGCAACACGGCCACGACCGCCAUGAUGGUCCCUAUCGUCCAGGCUGUCUUGGAUCAGAUGAACAGCACAGAGCAGGACCUAACAAUUAUGGACCAACCGAUGGGGCUAGUGAAUUCAGUGAUCGAGCUGGAGGAGAAGAAUGCAAUGAGCCUGACAGACGUACAGGUCCUUGGUAACGGACACAUUCGUGAUGAGCCCAAAGCUCCUGGUGACCGGGAAUUGAACAAGCGCAUCAGUAAGGGGAUGACACUGUGUGUGUGCUAUGCUGCUAGUAUUGGAGGAACCGCAACUCUCACAGGAACGGGGCCAAACCUGGUUUUGAAAGGUCAGAUGAACCAGUUGUUCCCUGAAAAUGGCGAUAUCUUGAAUUUUGCUUCCUGGUUUGGAUUUGCGUUUCCUAACAUGAUUCUGAUGUUGACUUUAUCUUGGUUUUGGCUCCAGUUUUCAUUCAUGGGGUUCAAUUUUAGAAAAACAUGGGGCUGCGGGAUGGAAAGAUCGGACAAAGAGAAAUCUGCUCUCCGUGUGCUCAAGGAAGAGCACCAGAAACUAGGAUCCAUCUCCUUUGCUGAAUUCAGUGUCCUUAUGCUCUUCCUUCUGCUGAUUCUCCUGUGGUUUAGUAGAGAUCCGGGCUUUGUUCCUGGCUGGGCCACCUUCCUCUUCAACAAAGAUGAAGAGUACGUUACUGAUGCCACAGUAGCUCUCUUUGUUGCACUACUACUGUUCAUAGUUCCUGCCACUAAGCCCAAGUUCAACUGCUAUCGUCAAAAUAGCUUUAACCCUGAACAGAAUGAAGAAGUGACGCAAGAGCCCUUUUUCCCAGCUCCGCUGCUGGACUGGAAGGUGGUUCAGAGGAAGAUGCCCUGGAACAUUGUGCUGCUGCUAGGGGGAGGAUUUGCCUUGGCCAGUGGAAGCGAUGCUUCUGGUCUGUCGAAAUGGCUGGGGAAUCAGAUGACCCCAUUGCAUGCUGUUCCACCCUGGGCCAUUGCAGUGAUCCUUUCACUUGUUAUCGCAGUCUUCACCGAAUGCACCAGCAAUGUAGCUACGGCCACCCUCUUUCUACCUGUCUUUGCGUCCUUGUCGCAGUCCAUCGAAGUCAAUCCUUUGUACAUCAUGAUCCCUUGUACACUCAGUGCCUCUUUUGCCUUCAUGCUCCCGGUGGCGACACCUCCAAACGCGAUAGUGUUUUCCUAUGGUCACCUCCGUGUUUCAGACAUGGUAAGAUCAUGA